UAUUAUUACUCUUGUUUUAAAACUGAUAUCACCAUAAAAUGGCUCUAUAAUAAGCUUAUUGCUGUGUACAAUGAAAAUGCAAGUUUUCCUUCGUGGAUUGCUGAACGACUUUCAACUACCCGAAUGCCUUUAUCAAACAUUAUGAGAGUAACAUUUCGAUGGGAGGAUGGCAAUAUGCCGCACAGCGUCAUUGUAAAAACGCCAGCAAAAAGGACUUCUUUUGAGCAUCGAAAAGGUUCUCCUUUAUUCGUAAGGACCAACCCCUUUGAUAACUUAUCAAAUUCUAUCACCAUUUUACUACAGAAAAACGCUGAUGAAGAAGGUUGUGGAGUUUUGCUCCUGGAAGAUAUCAUCGACAACAGAAAUCGAAAAACUAUUGGAGAAGGAAUGACAUUGGAAAAUGUUAAAAACCUGAUCAAAUAUCUAGCAAAACUUCAUGCCCUAUCACUUAGCGACAGUAAAUUACUUCUGAUUAAAAUAAGGAGAGGGAAGUUAAAACAAGUUUCAGAAGCUCAUCCAGGCUGUUAUGGUGAAGAUUUAACCAAAGCAAUAUGCUGGAAUUUGACACGAGAUCUACGGCGAGAUAAUCUUGACGCUUUGCUUGAGCACUACCAAAAAUGCUUUCUCGAAUUCAGCCAAGGUUUUACUCACCAAAACGCAGCAACUCAUUUUACGAGAUUUGUCAGUCUUCAUUUAUUUUCUAUGAAAAUGUUAAAAUCUAGUAGAAGUGAGUUUGAGCCAUGGCAGCAUUCACGAUCUUCAUUUCAAAAAUUAAGUUUGCUUUGA